AUGUUUAAUGAUAAGAACAUCUAAAAUUUUUCUAACAAAACAAAUAGAAAAAUCAUUCAUCCGACCUAACCCACUUCCCCUAUACUCUCUCACUAGAAAAAACGCAGAGUUAAAAACUUUUUUGAAGAAAAUCCAUAGAUAUUUCAUGACUUCUCCCAAUAGGAUGGUCUAUUUUUCUCACAGUCAAAACUUAUAUUUGAAAAUGAAACGGGACCAGAAAAUUUCUUCAUGAGACGCUCACCUAAUUUGAGUGGAAUGAGUUCCCCAAUAAAUAGUUUCAUUAAAUCAAGAAACGACUUUUCUUAUAAUAGUGGUAUGAGUGGAGGAACGGGGUUGCAGUAGAUGGCUCAUUCUCGAAUGAAACAAGUCAUAUUUAAUUAGAAAAAGGAAAGAACUUUGUUAAAUCUGAGAUAUCAAAAGCGACAGUGGCUUGGGCAGGCCAAGGAUAUACCUGAUAAGCAUAAAAGUUAUAGUAGUAUCAAAUUGCCAAAUGCUAGUGGAAAUGGAUUAUCAGCUACCUCUACUAAUAUGCAAUAAUAAUUUGUUCAGGAUUAAUAUUUGGACUCAGAAAAAUCAAUUAAUAAAGCAGUGAUUCCAGAUUAUAGCAAAAGAAGAAUGAGGCGUCUCAAUGACAAAGUCAUAAGCUUUUGCUCAGAAGACCAAGAGAAAGAGAUAAAGGUAGAAUGCAAGAGUAUUAAAGUGCAGAAUUAGAAAUAAAGAUAUUUCCCGAAUCUUAAAAACAAAUCAAAUCAUCCUACUGAAGUGUCAUUGCCUAAUUAUACAUUCUUGAGUUAAAAAAGAAAAAAGAUGCGCAAAGAAAAUUUAAGUUUUUCCUUAUUGAAUAUAACCGAAAAUAGGAAUAAAAUUCAAAAUCAAUAAACCAAUAAAUUUCUUAGAGACCUGCUUUAGAAGAAUCUGACCAAUUUGUAUGUAAAGGCAAAUGGGAUAGCUAAUUAGUAGUUAAUCUAGCAAUUGGCCUUGCAGUCACAGAUACACAGAGUUCCUGUCUAAAAAUCAGACUACUAGUCUUCGAUGUCACCAAAGCGGGAAGUAAUUAUCGAUAUGAGAGGUCGAGGCGUCCUCAAAAUAGAAUCUUCUAUGCUGGAAGACGUGUAAGAUAUCUGA